AUGUUCGCGAAAAUAUCGUUGAUUGUUUUACUGUACUUAAAUUUAACUUCAUUUGGUACAUAUGGCAUGACAGCAGAACAAAAGGCAAUGAUUCAUGCCCAUUUCGAGAAAAUAGGCGCCGACUGUAUUAAAGAAUACAAGAUAUCUGUAGACGACAUCAAAAGUUUGAGGACGAAGAAAAUGCCGACCGGAGAAAAUGCGCCGUGUUUUCUUGCCUGUAUUUUGAAAAAUAUUGGAGUUAUGGAUGACAAGGGUAUGCUCCAAAAGGAAACAGUGAUGGAAUUAGCCAAGAAAGUGUUUAAUGAUGACGAGGAGUUGAAACUUAUGGAAGACUACCUCCAUUCUUGUUCUCAUAUAAACAAUGAAAGUGUCAGCGACGGCGAAAAAGGAUGUGAACGCGCUACCCUCGCUUACAAAUGUAUGACCGAAAAUGCUUCACAGUUUGGCUUGGAGCUGUAA